UCUUUUGGUAUACGUAUGUUCUGUUAUCGCAAAAGAAAGGAAACAAGAAAAGAGCCAGAAAUUUAAAAGACAUUGAACUUAUUGUGACCAUAUCUAAGAUUCGUUGAAUAUGAGGGACUAGGUUAUACUAGGGCAAUCAACGGUAGCUCGCGUGCUGUAUCGAUUAGAUUAGGUACCUAUGUAUGUACAUAUGUAUGUGUUCGUAUCUUUUAUAGACUUCCAGCCGUCGUUUAGUUUGUUGCCGCGUGCAUGUGUAAACAGUAAAAUACCUGUAUCGGCCUCAGUUAUAAACCAGCAUUUGACGAAGCUGUUUCUAUAUUUUUGGUUGCCUGGCGUCGAGUGUCUAGCGAUAAGAGUGCGAAAAUGCGUGCACAUAAUGGACGAGUCUGGGGAACUUUGCACGAUGGCAAAUUCAAAGUCCAGAGUGUAACCGAAGCUGAUCUGGAAGAGGCGCUUGAUGUUCUUGAUGGUUCAUUUUUUAUUAACGAGUCAGUUUGCAUUGCUUGUGGUAUUAAUUUACCGCAUAAUGCUCAGGCCCGCCAAGAGUUACGAGAGUUGUGCAAUAUUACAGCCAAGGAUGGGGUUUCUCUUUUGGUCAAGGAGGUGGCUACGGAGCGGAUUGUAGCAGUGUCUUUUAACAAAAUACAGUACCCCCCAGCGCCUGGCGAGGAUCAUUUCUUUUUGAAAUUCCGCAAUGAGGUCGCUCAGAGUCCCCAGGCCCGUCGUUUGAUGGAUUUUAUGAUUGAGGUCGACGAGAGGAUCGAUGUUUGCGCCAUGUACAAUAUGGAUUGCUUCUGUGAGCUUAUGUUUUUGGCCACCUUGCCCUCCCAUGAGCGUAUGGGACUGGGUCGGACUUUGGCCAGCUAUACCAUAGAACUCACUAAAGAGCUUGCGGAGGGUAAGGGUCUGGAGGACAUUGAUGAGCAGCUGCGUUCCAAACGUCCGGAGGCUGUGACAGCCCUAUGGAGUGGAAGUUUCUCACAAAAAGUUGGCCGGGCUUCAAAUUUCAAGGUUCUUAAUUCUGUUUCCUAUGAGGACUUCGAAUUCGAAGGCAAGCGUUUUAGCGAGCGCAUAAGUCCCUUGCAUAAGACCUGCGAACAUGUCAUAUACAAGUUCUAAAAAAUCUUGAAGAAAUUUGUAGCAUACAACGUACAGGUUCUAGAAGUACACUAAACUGGAGUAGGAAGUACGCGCUGGCUUUGGCUUUUGUCUCUGGUCGGCGGGGUGUGGGCAUGGAGGCAGUUUACUACCAAUUUAGAGCUCUGGCAAAGGUUACAUGGGCGAGGUAUGGUAUAAUGAUCUUAAAUAUACAAAAAUGUGCAAGAACUAGAUUACGUGUUCAUUAUAGGAACACUAAAACUUUAAACUUCACACAAAAACCGGGUAUAUGGCAAGUCUCUCAAGAGUAUGAGUACUACGUGUAUAAGACCGUGAUCAUGGUUGAAGACCAACGAAUAGUUCCCGCACAUUCAUGUUUUUCAUAUGGCUUACUUGUUUCAUGAUAAUCACUUACGAGACGAAUAAUAACUUUGGCUUGGUUAUAUA